AUGGCUGAACAACUCGUACUCCGCGGCACCCUUGAGGGCCACUCUGGCUGGGUCACGUCCCUCGCGACCUCCCUCGAGAACCCCAACAUGCUCCUCUCCGCCUCGCGCGACAAGACCCUCAUCAUCUGGGACUUGACCCGCGGUGACGAGUCCUACGGAUACCCUAAGCGCUCUCUGCACGGACACUCGCACAUUGUUUCCGACUGUGUGAUCUCGUCCGACGGCGCCUACGCUCUGUCCUCGUCUUGGGACAAGACUCUGCGCCUGUGGGAGCUGUCCACCGGUCAGACCACCCGCCGCUUCGUCGGCCACACCAACGACGUCCUGUCCGUCUCCUUCUCCGCCGACAACCGCCAGAUUGUCUCCGGCUCGCGCGACCGCACCAUCAAGCUGUGGAACACCCUCGGUGACUGCAAGUACACCAUCACCGACAAGGGCCACACCGAGUGGGUCUCGUGCGUGCGCUUCUCGCCCAACCCACAGAACCCCGUCAUCGUCUCCGCCGGCUGGGACAAGUUCGUCAAGGUUUGGGAGCUCUCCACCUGCCGCCUGCAGACCGACCACGUCGGCCACACCGGAUACAUCAACACCGUCACCAUAUCUCCUGAUGGCUCCCUCUGCGCCUCCGGUGGCAAGGACGGUACCACCAUGCUCUGGGACCUGAACGAGUCCAAGCACCUCUACUCGCUCUCCGCUGGUGACGAGAUCCACGCCCUUGUCUUCUCGCCCAACCGCUACUGGCUGUGCGCUGCCACCGCCAAGGAGAUUGUCAUCUUCGACCUCGAGAAGAAGAGCAAGGUUGAUGAGCUUCGCCCAGACUUCAUGGAGGGCGGUGGCAAGGCCCGCGAGCCAGAGUGUGUCUCCCUCGCCUGGUCUGCCGACGGUCAGACCCUGUUCGCCGGUUACACCGACAACAAGAUCCGUGCCUGGGGUGUCAUGUCCCGCGCUUAA